CACGAUUUCAACGUGUCUGGCCUUUCUGGUCCAAUCCUCGGCCACGUUGGCGACGGGAACUUCCACUCUUUUGUCAUGUUUGACCCGGAAGACGAUUCCCAACUGAAAGCUGCAAGAGAACUCGCUUCACGCAUGGCUCGAAGAGCGCUGGCAUUGAAGGGAACCUGCACCGGUGAACACGGGGUCGGAUGGGGCAAGAAACCGUAUCUGGACGAGGAGCUCGGAGGCGUUAAUGUGGACGUUAUGCGUCAGAUUAAAGCCGCUUUGGAUCCGAAAAACUUGAUGAACCCGGGCAAAGUUUUUUGAGACGUGAUAAUCGGACUGAGACGCGCAUUAUCUGGAAAGGAAACCUGAUAUCGUUGUGGUGCUAAUGAUUAUUGUUUUUCUUUGUGGAAAAAAAAUCCGAGGGGCUUCUCAGAAGUCUUGCGAGUCACUGACGAGUUUUCGUUGCUAAUGCUUUCGAUGAGGAGAAUGAAGGUAAACCAAUUAUAAACUGAGAAAGUUGGGGCAAAAAAAAGACACCAUCACACUGUGGUGAGCAUUAGGAGGAAUAACUACAGAAUAAAUUUGUCAUUUUGACAAAUAUACUUUAAUUUGGACUGAAGUUUUUUCUACAACUGCUCUGUGAGUUCUCUGCUAUCUUGAACUUUUCAUGCAAUAUGAGAACAUUUUUAUCCGAAAGUUUUAAUGUCAACUGUCUUGUUACAACGAAUUUCUCUGUAUAAUGGACUACUUUUUCAUCCCCCUAGGGGUUCCCUAGAACGAAAUUCUCUACAACGAAGUUUUUUCUGCUCCCUUGAAUUUUGCCGCAGAGAGUCCGUCGUAUGUAUUUAUGAGGAAUAUGCCUGACAGAAAUUCUCACCCCGUCGUUUUCAAAGCCAUACGACUGCAACUUCAGACAUGAGCUGUUUUCUGAAGUGUUCUCCAGAGUUUUAUUCCUCUUUUGCUACCCAAGAAGCGUUAAUUUUCAGCGAUAACUUCUUCAGGCGCAUAAAAUUGGAGUUCUACGAAAGCGCAUGUUCAUGAAUCAAAAAUUGCAGUUGUCCUACAGGAUGAUGUACUUUUUCAUAAGAUUUCAAUUAAGAAUCGCAGGUGAUUCGCAAGACUUACUGAGAAAACCCUUUUGAGCUGCAUGAAAAGAUGGACAGCAACCGGUUGUGGGUAAUUGAAACCGGUUCAGCUAAUUGAUUUUUUUUCAUGAAACAAUUUUUAUUUCUGGGUGCUUCGGGAUUUAUUCUUCCGUACGGGUUGAAGCAGUACACGAUCUAUUUUUUUCAA